UUCUCCAACCUUGCGGACAACAAACCUCUAACCUCACACCCCAGUUACAACGUCGCAGUCCACUUUUAGUCUGAACUUCUGAGCGGCGCUAUCCCCAGUGUACGUGUCAAUAGCAGGGGCUGCCUCAUGCUGUAAUAAAACAAGUUGGAUUUCUAUGCCGUAUUAGACCGUCCUCCGAGCAUUUCCCUUCGCCAACGUGUGUCUGUGCUGGAGGCGACGCAUGAGAAGGCCUGACGAACUUGUGUGACUCUCCCAACACAUGCCGGAGUGAAGCUAUCGCAGCGGAAUGGGCGGCAGGGACAAGAAGGGCCUCGCAGUUCCCCUGCUGUGCGUGCUCGUGCGGCUCGUGCUCGCGAGAGCGGCGCGGGUGAGCGACUACAGCAUGAGCACGAAACUGCACAUCAUCAACGGAACGGAGUCGGUCGUGCGAGAGGGCGAAAGCAACUUCGUGUUCUGCUACGCCAGCGUGCGGAACCUCCGCGGGAGAGCCCCCUACACGGUGGUUUGGACGGACCCAUGGGGUCGUCCUCUGCUCCCGCUCUCCGGCAUCAGCCUCGAAACGAGGCUAUUCUCUGUUCGAGAGAACGAACUCAGACCGAAUGCGUACAUGGUUUUCCAAAUGUUCGACGAGGAUCUCGAGGGCGUUUACACGUGCAACCUCGUCUUCAGGAACAGACUGGUGUCCCUCCAGAGAAUACGUCUGAAGAUGUUCCGCCCGUCCUACAGAGUGGUGACACUGGCGCCUUGUCUCGCCGUCCAGGAGGGGGGCUCGGCCCUGCUCCCCUCCCCAGUAGUGGGCAGCCCUCCCUCGCCCCCCGUGUGGUCGAAGGCGGGGGGCAGCCUGGACCCCUCCGAGGCCCAGGUGGUGCAGGCCGGCCUCGUGCUGCGCGCUGUUCAAG